AUAGUUUGUUGACAUUACUCUCAUGGCCUGGCUCGCGCGCUACACAUCAUAUGGCGCGCCUUUAAUUCGUCGUGUGUAUGUGUAGUACGUGCAUGUGUGAAUUGCAUGCUGUAUGCAUGUUGCGAGUAGUUCCAUAGCUUAGCUCACGUUAGAAGUCACAGCUUCUGAGACAUGAAUUUGCCCAAUUUGUGGAUUAUACCGGAUAUAUCUCUGAAAAGCAGUUCAUCACCGCAGGAAUUCAUAUUUUGAUUAUCAGUCAGGUCUUUUAGAACUGAACAUAUCUAACUCAUAAUGAGUGAACCAGCUAGAGAAGAAGGAUACAGGGAGCCCGAUCCCGGAGAAGUAAGGGAUGAUGAGAGGAUACCAGAGCCCAUGCCUAGUAACCGUUCUGCCCCUCCCAGGAACGCCACCUCUACCAACUCACCUAGGAAACCAGCUACACAGAAAGGAAAGCUACAAAAAGUUACUAUUGUAUUAUUGGAUGAAACUGAAUUUUACUGUGAUAUUGAGAAACGUGCCAAAGGGGAACAACUAGUAGACGUGGUAUGUGAUCACUUGGACAUUGUGGAAAGAGAUUACUUUGGCCUUACGUAUAGAGACUCACAAGAUUGUAGGCAUUGGGUUGACCCAAUAAAAGAGCUGAAAAGACAAAUGAAAAAUGGACCUUGGUUUUUCUACUUCAAUGUCAAGUUCUAUCCACCAGAUCCAGCUCAACUCAAAGAAGACAUCACAAGGUACUUCCUUUGUUUACAAAUCCGGGAUGACAUUCUCCGGGGGAGACUGCCCUGCUCGUUGGUGACACACGCCCUCUUGGGUUCAUACGUGGUACAGAGUGAGCUCGGGGAUUUCGACGCCGACAAGCAUGGCAUCGACACAGCGUAUCUCGGUCAGUUCCGCUUCGCACCGGAGAGGAAGAAGGAACUGGACGAUAAAGUCAUGGAGCUGCAUAAGACACACAGAGGGCAGACACCUGCAGAGGCCGAUCUUCAUUUCCUUGAUAACGCAAAAAAGCUUGCUAUGUAUGGUGUUGAUCUUCACCAUGCGAGGGAUUCUGAGGGAGUCGAUAUCAUGCUGGGUGUAUGUGCCAAUGGGCUUCUUAUCUACAGAGAUAGACUAAGAAUAAACCGUUUUGCCUGGCCCAAGAUCCUCAAGAUAUCGUAUAAAAGAAACAACUUCUACAUCAAAAUUAGACCAGGAGAAUUUGAACAAUUUGAAAGUACUAUUGGAUUCAAGCUUGCUAAUCACAGAGCAGCUAAGCGGUUGUGGAAAGUAUGUGUAGAGCACCAUACAUUCUUCCGCCUUGUGCAUGCAGAACCUCCAAAGAAGAGGCCUAUCUUCUGGCUGGGAUCGAAGUAUCGUUACAGCGGACGAACGCAGUUCCAGACGAGACAAGCUAGCGCCCUCAUUGACAGGGACAGCCCGACCGUGGAAAGAGGGAAGAGCGAGAGGCAUACUAGGAGUUUAGAUGGUGGUUACGGAUCGCCGACGCCUCGUGACCCCGAUAGGGCAGAUGAGGUCGUCACCCCAGACAAGGCCAGGACGCUCGAAGCACGCCCUCAGAGUGGAUACGAGGCACAUGUUCCAUACGUUGACACAAACGAGGAGGAGAAAAAGGAUUUGGACUUGACCUCCGAUGAGGGAGAUUACGACGCAGAAACCCAACAAGUGCGCAACAUCAAGCUCUCUUAUUUCUCGAGGUCAGCUGAUAACAUGGCAACCAGCCAGCCAGAGGGAGGGGUAGGCGAGGGAGAGAACCCUGAAGAGGGCGGGCCUACCUUCCAGAAAGAAGUUACCACAGUAACCACUACCAAGACAACCACGUAUACAGUUGAGAGAACAGGGGAUCAGAACGCUGAGCCGGUUAAGGAGACAACGUUUGGAGAAGAGGAUGAGCAACCAGUGUUAUUGUUGGAAGGUGAGCCGACACGGCUUCACAUCCACGAGGAACCGGAGGUUAUUACUACCACUACCGUCAAAACAUUCAUCACUGAUGAUUAUGCAAAUGAGCAGCCCGAAGCUGAUCAGGUCAUUCCAGACCAGUCUCCUCAAGAAGUGAUCCAUGAGGAAGUAUUGGCCCCUGACAGGGUCACCGCCGACCUGUCAGAACCGGUCCUGGUCCUUUCCGACCAACUUGAAUUGGUCAAGGAGACGGACGUUGACGAGGAGGAACCGGGAGAACCCGAAGCCGAUUUGACCCCUGAAGAAGCCAGAUCUGACAGGGACGAUUCUCCCGACCCACCACUCCUACCCCGUACAUACCAGCCAGAACCAGCCCAGUCCGGUUCUGACCAGCCCGAACCAGUCAAUCAGCAGGAACUGGUGGUCGAGGAAGAGGUAGCGAAAGAGCAAGUCACUGGGGUUGAAUCCACCCCUGACCUUGAUGCACGUUUUGGCGGGAAUGUUGCCAUGGUAAUUCGCUUGGAUGUUGAGAAGCAGGAUGAAGAAGAAGACCAGGACGAAGAGGAGGAGGAGAUGAUGGCCGCUGCCCAGCCGGAACAGGAGGACGAGGCCUCACCAUUCGUCAAGACGGCCAUGCUGGUCCAGCAGCAGCAGAGCAGUGAAGAUGACUCCAAGCUGACCAGGGACGUCCCCUACGUCAAGACGGAGAACACCACCAUCACCUACGAGAAGGACCCCGAGGAUGCGGUCGAUGGGGAGGAGGAUCCGGGGACGCUGAUCAGCGCGCAGACCAUGACCAGUGAGACGAGGUCGAUGACGACCACCACUCACAUUACCAAGACGGUUAAGGGCGAGCUGACCGAGACGAGGGUUGAGAAGAAGAUUGUUAUCCAGGCAGACGGUGACUUAGAUCAUGAUAAGGAGGCGGCCGAUGCCCAAGUACGAGCUCUGUUAGCGGAGACUUUAGCCGAGGAGCAGCUCCAGAAUCCUGACUUCCAGGUCACCCGCAUCGUCAUCCAGAAAGAGGGGGAAGAGAUUAACGGAGAUGUGGAAGGAGAGGAGGGGGAGGCUCAAUCAGCUCAGGAUUAAGCUAAUCCGCACUAAUCUAAUCUCUGUUAAUCUAUUCUCUGGAAUUUUUACAUGGCCACAGCUUCCUAUAGUACUUGAUUUCGACCCAAGGUCACCAUCGGGGUAUGUAACAUGAAGCUUAGUGAUUGAUUAUUGGGAUGAUUUCUAUGAUGGGUUGCAUUGAUUAUUGUGUAUGAUCAAUUGUAUAAAUCAGCCCAAUAUCAAACACUGAGGUUUAAGUUACAGUGCCUAGGUUUAUUUGUAAGGAGACAACCAGAAUCUACACUGUAUAAAAUGAAGAGAAAAUAUAAUGUCUUUGCAUUUAGACUAAUGACAUGAUAUAGAUUAACUCGAUUUUCUCAUUAAGAAAUUGCUUUUUGUUUUGUUUUGUCCAAGAAUCUGUCAAUUCUGACUGGCCCAACAAAUACAGUUGAAUUUUUCGACAAAAUAUUAUAUCAAAAUUUAGAUUUAUGACCAAACAAUUUUAAAUGAUACAUGUAGUAAUGAAUUAUAUAUCAAAAUUUGUAGGCUUCCUGAAUAGCAAGAUUGGGCAGUUGUUUCUAGACUCGCCUUCAGAUGUUGGAAUUUAUCAGAUCUUCAUAAGAUGUGAAAAUAGUUUAGCUUUUCUUACAAAACAUUCUCCUUUUACUUUUGAGCCAAAGGUCUUUAACAAGUAAAAAAUGCAUUCUUGCUCUGUAGUCUCUGUUGCAAUGCUUAGAACUGAAAUAGGAGCAGCAAAAAGGUUUAUUACUAAAUAGCAUCUAACUAAGAAUUUUAUUUGUACAAGUAAUUGAUGAAAUAAAGAUUUAUAAAGAAACACUGUCACAAAACGAGAAAAAUAUUGUAUUCUGGGAAAGGGAAUUUGGCGGAAGGUGAAGUGGAAAUUCUAAUGUAAAGUUGAAAAGAAACUUUUAAUAUAUUAGCGUCAUCACUGUCAUUCUUGUAGGUUAAGUUAAUAUUUGUAUAUGUACAGCCGAUUUCUUGAUUUCAAAUGGGGUUUCUGUGGAGUGAUAGAUUUGACUAUCGACCUUAACAAGCCCAUCAAUCAAAAAUGAAUUGCCGAUUGAGGAUAACUGACGUUUCAACUUGUUAUGGCGAAGUGGUGUGAACGUAAUUCAUGAUUGUAAAAAUGACAUUAGGUUGUAAUGGGUAAGAAGCACAAAAGGAGUGGGCAGUCAUGUUAUCUUCGUCACUAUUGUCAAUUGUUUGAAUGACUCUUUGUUGGAAAAAAAAAAGUGAACUUGGCUACUCCAUGUUACUUCACAUAUGCCUGUAUAUAAAGCACAAUUUCUGCCAUUUUGUGAUAUUCAUUCAUUCAUUCACAGAUAUAAAAGUAGAAAGAAAAUAUAUAUAUCUAAGCUUAUACUCUUUUGUAUUCUUUUUCUUCUUACAAGGGUGUUGUAGGCAAAUGAUCCUGGAAAAUCUGAUUAAUAAUGACGAUGCCCGAGUGAAAUUAAAAGAACGGAUAUAGUGGUAUUUUUAGGCUGAUUAUGAGAGGUUAAUAGUAAGACAAUAUCAUUUUAGUGUGAUUUAUGUCUGGCACAGAUUGUAUAGGUGUCUACCAGCAGACAAGAAGCCUAGUGCCAAGUCAAAAUGUUUUAAAAAAGGAGAUUUUUUAAAAAUAAUUUAUGGGUUAACCUUGAUCAAGUUCCAUGGCUUUGUGAAUAACUUGCAUGAAAUGUACCAAAAAUCUAAAAUAAUAUACUGUACAUGUACAUGAUUUGACUGAAAUUUAUCCUUAAGUAAAUGUAUUUUGUUUUCUGUUGAUACUUGUGUAUGAUUUUAAUUUGUUUACUUUUUCAAAUUGGAUAGUCUGGUAAUAUUUUUUUUCAUAUCAUACUUGAGCCUAAAUGAUAUUUGUUCAUGUAGGAUGUUAUAACCAGAUAGUGAAGAAUUUAGUAGUGGGUCUGAACUAUGACAGCCCCAUAUGCAUCCACAACACAUCCAAUAAAUUAAUCUUUAUGAUCUCAACUUUUUUAAUUAAUCCCUGAAUGCAAUGAAUCAGUACUAGUUGUCUUGUGAAGAGUGGGCUCGAGGCGACCAUGGACAGUUUGCAUGUACUGCCGACUAUCAACAUAAAUUAUUUCCCAUCUUGAAAAUCAUUGCAAGAUGUUAGGGUGAAAAAGUGAUGGCAUUUGUAUAGUAGUGAAAAAUUAAUAAUUGUUUGUUCUCAUGUGUGGAAAUUGAGAAUUUUUGUCAUGGAGAAAAUGUACUAUUCAAAGUGGAUCAUAACGAACAUUUCUUAUUUCAACUAAUGGAAGAUUGAAUGAAUGCUUGUUGAAGAGAUUUACAUUGAAGAUUAUUGAUGUAGUGAUGGGCAAGUUGUUUAUAUAUCAGGUCUUUUUAUUUGUCUCCUCAUAUUAUGAACAUGAAGCCUGCAUAUUGGAUAGCUGUUAUUUAAGUUGACAAAGAAAUGUUUAGAUAUUGUAAAUUUAGAUAUAGUCUGUAAACUCUUGCUUUAAUGAAUGACAAAUAUUUUCUGCCAUAUCUUAUCAUGUUUUUUUUUUUUUUUUUUGAUCAGUGUGGUUUUGCCCACAAUUGCUAUUAUGAAAUAAUUCUGUAUAAUUUGCUUCAGCAGAUAAUGUAAAUGCAUUCUACUCUUCGAAGAGAAAAUUAUGAGAUAUUAUUGGCCAGAAGGGAUUAUCUUCUCCCAAGUGGUGGAUGAGAUUGUCGGUGCAAAGAAGUUGCUAGUUGUGAUAGUUGUAGUGUUGUUGUGGGUGGCAGGCAACAAGGCAAUUUUCAAGCCUGGUUAGAUUGCUGUUUAGUUAUCAUAGGUGUUUGAAUUGUACAGAUAAUACUCGCAAACUGUGUAAACAUGUGUGUAUUUUAGCAACUAUCACUCGUUUUAUUCAAGGGAAUAUUCUUUUCAAUAUAACAUGUAUCAUAACUACAUAAAUAAAUGAUUAGCUGCAAAACAAAUAGUACAUAGAAUAAAGCAUAUCCUUAAAUUUUAAUUGUAAUGAAAAUGUAGAUUACGGUGAUCUUGCCAUGAAUUAAGUAAGUAGCAUUGUCAGUUUAUAGCGGUGUUUUGUUUUGCAACUUUUCUUAGCCAUUUUCAUUUCGACUGAUUCUAGCGUUGAACAAUCACAACAGACACACUUGUACAGAUCUGUUUGAUUUUUACACAUCUUUUACAACGGAGUGCUUUCCAGGCAAUUUCAUAUAUAUAUAUACUCAACUUUCAUUUUUUGAAAUUUUCUUUCUUUUAUCCUAGUCUUCUGACUUUUUGAAGAAUCCAUGCUUAGGUUGAUUACAUUUCCACAUUAUUUGAAGUUCUUUGAUUUGUUUUGGUAAGAAUGAUUGUUUAAUGGAGCUAAGAUAUAUCCUGUUUUUGUAAUGUAUUGAGUAUGUAAAACGCUCAUUAAGACAAACACAACACUUUUUUGUGAAUGGUGGUUGUGAGACAAAUCGUUCCAAGUUCCUAUUUACUGACAAAUAAAACAUCUAAUUGUUGCCCCACACAAA